AUGGUAUUCACGUGUCUCUCCAUCUACGGCAUCGACCCGCGCUCGCAGCAGUUCAUCAGCCACAUGGAUGUGCGGGACUCCAUCCAGGACAACGGCUACUUCUCCCAGGAAGGACUUCGGGAUCUGGUGAAGCAGAUGAUGACGCUCUACUCGCCACCCGCACAGCUCAACUCCCCGUCCUUUGAUGUGCUGCUGAGAAGGGCAAGCUACGAGGUGCGGGAGUAUCCUGCCUUUCAAGUCGUUAAGCUCCGCUCGCUCGUCUAA